AUGGAAUCUCUGGUUUAUAAAGACUCGCCUCUGGCGGACUAUCUCGAAGGGGAAGGCGAACGUGGUCAGGAUUGGACACCCCAGCAGGAUCGUGAUGAAGAACCUCCAAGUCCUCCCCCGAAUUUCGCCCCUCGUGGGGCAUCUACAUUCCAAGAUCGCAUCCGGAAGAAACUACCAGCACCGUUGGAACUCAAUACCUUGCGGAGAGGAGGUACUUUGGGCAAGAUCCGUGAUGCAUGCUCGGUCGCUGUCAGCUCCCGGAUCGGACAAAGCGACAACGAGAGGUUUUUGGAACAAUUCGGUUAUGUCAUCGUCGCAUCACAACUUCUGAACGAGCACAAUGCCCCCUCUUACACCUCCGCCACCGAUGUCUUGUCGAACGCACAGGUUAAGGAGCCACCAUCUUUUUCAGCGACAUUUGGCCCAAAGGGGGCCAUUGUCACUGCUGCCACCUCAUUCUCGAUCGCCUGGCUAAUCCACUGGAGCCGAUCGCGGACCGGGCCAGGGCUCAACCCACGAAGAGCAAUAGUCCUCCUAAUUCUGUUACCUCUGAUCGGAGCCAUCUUCUACGCCUUCGCAAGACGUCAGUGGCUCAAGUUUGUGAGACAUCAGGCGGUCCAAGCAGCGUCUUUCUUCAUUGGCAACGCGCAGAGCUUUGAUUCAGCUGCAUCAGCGUCAGUGAUGUUUAUUCAAGAAGUGGAACUUGUUUCAAGAGGCUAUAGAAUAAGCACGCCUUUGCCCCCUAUCAGCCGCUUGGAGGAGAGUACUUCGCAGAUUCGCCGAUGCAUGAGGCUACGUCGUACCGUCUCUGAAUGUCUAUUUACUCUUCUGGAACGAUAUGUUCAAGCGCAGAAGACCAUCCGCUCGCUCGCAGAUACCGCCAAUCUGGAGAAAUACUACGACAUCUACGAGAUAUCCACGGAGGAGCUCUAUGAGGCUGAAUCCACAUUGGCUGAGCGAGGGACGGAGGAUCAAUACUCAUUACGAGCCCUUCGCACCCUCUUUGGGAAGCUUUAUACUGUGAGGAAGAGCGUUUUGUGCUGCCUGUUGGCUCUUAGUGCAGAUGGCAGUGGUUCAGACAUCACAACCUGGAGCACUGCUGUCGAAGAAAUGCGGGAUCUCGCUGUCAUUACGGGUGAUAACAUCAAGAAGAUGACCAAUAUUUUGAGCGAACAAGAUCGCGAGGUUAUCCCUCCAUCACCAUUGCCAUCUGCAUCUCCAGGAAGGGAUUCUCUCCGCGCACAAUUCCGGAGACUCAACUCACUAUCUCAAGGGAUUCGUGCUCUUCAUGCAAAGAUGCAUGUGCUACGCGAGGAAUCGGAUGCUAGUCUUGAGCGAGCCGGGAAUGAACAAGAUCUCGGGGCUACGCUAAUGGCGCAAUACGAGUCCAUCGGAGCGGACAUUCGAGGAUUGUUGCAGGAAUGGGAGGCCGGCAAGUCUGCGUUAUUGAGCUGCCUCGAGCAACCGGGAGGAUCUGAUCGUUUGUCACGCGCGUCGAGUGAUUUCAAGUCGCCUUUGUCCUCUUCUUUCAGCGGUGACACGGCGGUGGACGGAAGCCCCAGCGCCGCUCUCAAAGUCUUGAAUGGCGAGGAACAGCCUCCUGUGAACCCAGAUAAUGAAGUGGAUGAGGAAGAGAUAUUCGAGGCCGUCGUCAUGCCUUCCUCUAGAAAGCGGAGUUCGCUGACUCGGGAGGAGCGCAUCGCACGGAUGAAAGAAGAGCGAGCCAGGCAAGCUGCAGCACGAGAGAGAGCCGACGCGAAUACCAACAUGUUGAGAGAGCUCGAAACAGUCAUCAAACACCCUAUUGUACUGUCCAUCUUUAACGCUUCCUAUUGGGAGGCGAUUGCCUGUUAUGUUAAAACAGUAGUAGCAAUUACUGUGACUACUGAAGAUCUAGGCCUCUCAUUCCUUAACUCCCUAGUGUUGGAAGCACGCUGUGUUGGCGAACUUACUGACAGGCAUGGCUCUCCAUCACAGAUCGUCGAUGCGAUCAAGGACCUCGUGCAGGAUUGCAAUUUCGAUUGCAACGACUCGGGGAUUGCCCUACAGGCCAUGGACAACUCCCAUGUUGCUCUCGUGUCGAUGAUGCUGAAGGCUGAAGGGUUCUCUCCAUACCGCUGUGACCGUAACCUCGCUCUGGGUAUCAACCUGGUCUCCCUGACCAAGGUCCUUCGUGCAGCCCAGAACGAAGAUGUCUUGACUUUGAAAGCUGAGGACUCGCCUGAUGUGGUCAAUCUCAUGUUCGAGAGCUCAGAGACGGACCGAAUCAGCGAAUACGACAUUAAGCUCAUGGAUAUCGACCAGGAGCAUUUGGCCAUCCCAGAGACUGAGUACUCCGCCACCGUUGAGAUGCCGUCCGCGGAGUUCCAGCGGAUCUGUAGAGAUCUGAAUGCUCUGUCCGAAUCUGUUGUGAUCGAGGCGACCAAAGACGGAAUCAGGUUCUCAUGCCAGGGCGACAUUGGCAGUGGCUCUGUGACUGUCCGCCCGCACACGAAUGUCGAGAAACCCGACCAAAAUGUUACGAUCCAGCUUACGGAGCCUGUGGCUCUUACUUUCUCUCUCAAAUACCUCGUCAACUUCUGCAAAGCUACCAGUUUGUCCACCAAGGUCCAACUGUGCCUCUCCCAGGAGGUACCUCUGCGGGUCGAGUACCCCUUGGGCAGUGGUCACCUGAGAUUCUUCCUCGCUCCGAAGAACGGAAAUCUUUUGGAAGAAAAACUGCAUUUCAUUUUCACUAGCCAUAACUGCACAAUAUACUCCAAAUUGACUCCAGAAUGGAGUAUACCACCAGGCCCAUACAUUCCUUCACAACGUAAAGCCGAGAAUGGUAUCACCUCAUUAUCGAAGAGCACCGUAUCCGUCAAUUCUAUCGUUCGUCCACUCCGGAAAACUAGGUAUACUCCUACAGGAGAAAAGUCCAAAUCUCGCGGCGACAGACCUUAUGAAGAUGGGCGGUCUGGCGGAGAAGGCAUGCUGCGUAUUGCACUAAAGUGUCAUGCGGCAUGCGUGAACAUGCACGCACACACAAUCUUCGCGACGGCUCUCCCAUGGGGAAACCGAAACGCCCCCGAAGGGACGAAUCGCCCCGAUGUUUCUGAUGCCAAUCGCGGGCGCUACCUAUCGCGCCGGACCCUCACGGGCAGUACCGGCCCUCCAUCUUCGCCCUCCGACAAGAGGGACGGAAGGUGA